CGAGGUUUAUAUGUCCUUUUCCUUUUGUUGUUUCUUUCUCUCUUUUUGACUCAUGUUUGGCUUUUCCCAUGAGCUUUUCCAGCACAUUCAUCUGGAUUGAUUAAAUAAAAAACUUGUUUAUUCUGUGAUUUAAUUCUUACAUUCAAAUACUUAUGCGUGAACUUGCUCUUAUUAUAUAGUCUCCUACUACCUAUUAAGUCUUUUAACGGUUCAUAAUCCUCUUAGUCGUUGAGCCUUGUAUGACUGCUUCUGUUGUGACCAAUGAGCUCAAUCCAUGUUGCUUCAAUGAUCCUUCUCUUGUUUCUCUUCUUGCAUCAUUCUGAUUCUCGUCACCUCGACAAUGUCCACAUUACAGCGUCUCGGUUUUCACUCGUCAAGGAUCAAAAUGUUGUCUCUAGUUCGACAUCUAAAGAACCCGUUAAAGUUUCUCGGUUUGUGCCGGGUCCAUUGAAGCACCACCAUCGUCGUCCACCGCUCUUAUUUGCAGAUUAUCCGAAGCCGUCCACUCGGCCUCCACGCCAUAACUGAAACCUCUCUCUUUAGUUUUUU